CCAAGGUCGUGAGCAGAUCCUUGGUCCCGAGCAUCCUGAUACUCUUACCAGUGUCAGCCAACUGGGUUGGGUGCUUGCGCGACAGGGCAAGUAUGAGGAGGCAGAGGCCAUGCACCGACAAGCACUCCAAAUUUAUGAGCAGGUCCUUGGUCCUGAGCAUCCUGAUACUCUUGCCAGUGUCAGCAAUCUUGGUUCAGUACUUGCACGACAGGGCAAGUAUGAGGAGGCAGAGGCCAUGCACCGACGGGAUCUGGCAGGGUCAGAAAAGAUCCUUGGUCCUGAGCAUCCUGAUACUCUUGCCAGUGUUAGCAAUCUUGGUUCAGUACUUGAUGACCAGGGCAAGUAUGGGGAGGCAGAGGCCAUGCACCGUCAAGCACUCCAAGGUUAUGAGCAGGUCCUUGGUCCUAAGCAUCCUGAUACUCUAACCAGUGUUAGCAAUCUUGGUUCAGUACUUGAUGACCAGGGCAAGUAUGAGGAGGCAGAGGCCAUGCACCGACAAGCACUCCAAGGUUAUGAGCAGGUCCUUGGUCCUGAGCAUCCUGAUACUCUAACAAGCAUGCAAAACCUUGCCUUUACUCUAAAACAACUAGGGAAGGUCUCUGAUGCCUUGAACUUUCUUAGGAAAUGUGCAGGCCUCCGCCACAAUAUAUUAGGCUCGCAUCAUCCACACGUUAUAUUCUCAUUCAAUGCCCUUCGUGACUGGGAAACAGCAGCAAACCAGCCCUCAGAAAGUCAGCAACUACGUGCUUUAUUAUAUAGUCCGCCAAACCUAACCUCGGUGCAAACUAUUGCCAAAGAUCAUAUUGCCUCAGCUUCAAAACCCGUCGGCCGCAAACGGCGAGUCUUCAUGAAUUUCUUCCAAAGACGAUGA